GAAGGAGGGAGCCAAAGGGCGGGGCGAGAGGCCCAAACGAGGACAGACUCCAACUCUGACUUCUCCAGCGACUCUCGGCAUCUGGCUACCAUGUCACUGCUCCUGUUAGUGGUCUCUGCCCUUCACAUCCUCAUCCUUAUCUUGCUUUUUGUGGCUACUUUGGACAAGUCCUGGUGGACUCUCCCAGAGAAGGAGUCCUUGAACCUGUGGUAUGACUGCACAUGGAACGCCACCGCCAAAACGUGGGCCUGCAGUAACGUCAGUGACAAUGGCUGGCUGAAGGCAGUGCAGGUGCUCAUGGUUCUGUCUCUCAUCCUCUGCUGCCUGUCCUUCAUUCUCUUCAUGUUCCAGCUCUACACCAUGCGGACAGGAGGGCUCUUCUAUGCCACGGGCCUCUGCCAGCUCUGCACUAGCGCAGCUGUGUUCUCUGGGGCACUGAUCUAUGCCAUCCAUGCUGAGGAGAUCCUGGCGCAGCACCCACGCGGGGGCAGCUUUGGUUACUGCUUUGCCCUGGCCUGGGUGGCUUUCCCACUUGCCCUGGUCAGUGGAAUUGUGUACAUCCACCUGCGGAAACGUGAAUGAAUGCGUCCCCUAGAAAAUAAACCGUUUCAACCAUGA